AUGCUGCUUUCGUCCAAGUGGAUAUCACGGGGGUGGAGCAAGGAAGAUGAACUAGGAGACUUGCCUGAGGCAUUGCUCUCAGGUGAAAGAGAUGAAGAACCCCCGAAGCCUCAACGGCGGUCCUUCUCAUACAAACUUCCGCUGGUGUGCAUAAUAUGCAUUCUAUUCAGCAAUGUCAUCAUUUAUCUUGUAAUGCAUAAAGCCCUUGAGGAGGCGAAACGAUGUCUUCUACCUCUGGAGUUUGAGGGUGCCGCUGGAGCCAUUGAAUACCAGACCGUCGUUCUGCAGCCCAGCGGGUUUGGGGAUGAUGGUGCUUCAAUGACUCCGUUUGAGGGUCCUCCUAGCCCAGAGAUCGAUGCCCUGUGGCACAACCUUUCAUCUGUCGGAAUAUAUGAAAUAACCCUAGAAGAAAACAGUCGCCUUCUCUGGCCGACAGACGAAACACCGGGCACGGACGGGCAAUAUUACAUCCAGAUCGAAGUCUUUCACCAGCUUCAUUGCCUGAAUUUUUUGCGGCAGCAGAUUUAUCAUGUCCUCGACCACGACUUUCCAGAGUCCCAUGACAAACAUGUCCGUCACUGCAUCGACUAUCUUCGCCAAGUGCUAAUGUGCCACGGGGACGUCCACCCAAUCACCAUGUACCGGAAACAGGGGAUCCAUCGCAACUUCUGGCCUAACUUCACCAUCCCCCAUACCUGUCGGAAUUGGGACCGCCUGACUGAUUGGGCAGCCAAAAGGAAUACGACUGGGUAUACAAUAGAGUCCUAA